CAAUCAGACUUACAGUUCAGUCUGAUAAACUUCCCCGUCAGGUGCCAAACAGCAGUCUCUCAGACUGGCAAAUACAGACAUGUUCAGGCUGCUGCUCCUGCUGUUUUUAACAUGGAUGAGCUCAGCGCUGGUCAGCAUACCUCUUAGACGGACGCGUUCAAUUCGUACUCGAUUGCGAGCUGAUGGCCUGCUGAACGAGUUCCUGAAGGAUCACGCCCCUGACAUGAUUAACCGCCGCUACGCUCAGUGCAUCCCGUCCAGCACGCCAUCACUGAGGCUCGGACGCACCAGCGAGAGGAUCUACAACUUCAUGGAUGCUCAGUUUUAUGGUGAGAUCAGUUUGGGGACUCCAGAGCAGAACUUUUCUGUGAUUUUUGACACCGGAUCAGCUGAUCUCUGGGUGCCAUCAACCUACUGCAUCAGCGAGGCCUGCGCGCUCCACAGGCGUUUCAAGGCAUUUAAAUCAGCUUCGUUCAGGCAUGAUGGUCGGAGAUUUGGGAUUUACUACGGAUCAGGUCACCUGCUUGGAACUAUGGCCAAAGACACACUGAAGAUUGGUGGUCUAACCAUCCUGAACCAAGAGUUUGGGGAGUCCGUUUACGAACCUAGUGAAUCAUUCCUGACGGCGAAGUUUGACGGUGUUCUGGGAAUGAGUUACCAAUCCCUUGCAGAGAUUCUGGGCACCAAUGUUUUUGACAACAUGAUUGCACAGAAGCUAGUGGACCAGCCAGUGUUCUCCUUUUACCUGAGCAGAAAAAGUAGCCGUACCAAGCCAGCAGGGGAACUGUUGUUAGGCGGAACAAACGAAGCGCUGUAUAUUGGACCAAUCAACUGGCAUCCUGUCACUGCCAAGGGGUAUUGGCAGAUCAAGAUGGACAGUGUGGCAGUACAAGGUGUGAACUUGUUUUGUCCAAGUGGAUGUCAGGCGAUUGUUGAUACUGGAACUUCCCUCAUUGCUGGACCAACCAAUGACAUUCUGAGGCUCCAACAGCUGAUUGGAGCAACACCCUCAAACUUGGGAGAGUUUGUUAUCGACUGUGCCAGGUUGUCCAGUUUGCCUCAGGUGACUUUUGUCCUGAAUGGAACAGAGUACACACUAACAAGCGAACAGUACAUCAGGAAGGAGACACUUGGCAAGAAUGAGUUCUGUUUCAGCGGUUUCCAGGCUGUGGAGAUUUUUUCCAGCACAGACCCUCAGUGGAUUCUGGGAGAUGUAUUUCUGACAGAGUACUACUCCAUCUUCGAUAAAGGAUAUGACCGGGUUGGCUUAGCACGUGCCAGACACCCUCCUGAACCAUAACUUACUGGCAAACUCAACAAUCAAUAAAUACUGCACAAUCAAAAAGCA